AUGUCCCUUGUGUUUCAGAACAUUUGCCGACCUAGCCAUUCUUACGGAUCACAAACAAACUCACAUCAGACUGUACCUCUGCAACAUGUGCAUGAAAGGUUUCCGAGAUCUCCCAAGCCUCAGGGACCAUCAGCUUCUCACGUGUGGAGAACUCCAUCGACACCGCCACCAAGACCAUCAAGAGCUGGGGUCGGCGUCGCAACGGGGUCGGGGGGCCCUGCAGCAUCAGUGUUGUCAGUGUGGAAAGACGUUCUCCAAGAUAAAUUCGCUCAAGACCCACCAGAGAAUUCACACAGAGAGAAAGCUGUGUGUGUGCAGUAAAUGUGGGCAGGUGUUCAGGACGAGGCGAGAAUUCACAGACCAUCAGAAGAUCCACACGGGCGAAAAGCCAUUUCGGUGUCCUCAGUGCCGAGAGUCCUUUAUGUUUAAGGAGCAGUUGCAGACACACCUGAAGUCGCAUGAGGAAAAACGCUGUAAGUGUUUAGAAUGUGGUAAGGCUUUUAUGGACUCGCACAACUUGGAGAGACACCGGAUAAUCAGACACACUGGAGAAAGGCCUCAUAGGUGCAAAGAGUGCGGAAUGAGUUUCGGUGAAACGCAUAUCCUUGAACAACAUCUGAGGAUCCAUACUGGAGAAAAGCCGUUUCAGUGUAGCACGUGUGGGAAGUGCUUCAGACAUGGCAACAGUCUGGCGGCACAUCAGGUCAUCCAUUCGCCAAUAAAGCCACAUCGGUGCUCCCAGUGUGGGAAGGCAUUUAAGUGGAAGAUUUGCCUCAAGCUGCACGAAUCAAACCACGCUAAAGAAAAAUGGUAUCAGUGUACUAUAUGUGGAAAGAGUUUCAAGUACAUCUCACAUCUGGGCGUUCACCAGAGGUUCCAUAGGCGGGAAAGGCGACGUCAAUGUUCAUUAUGUGGAUUGAAAUGUAACUCUGUGUAUGAACUCAGGAGAUAGGAGCCACCCUGGAGUAGAACGUUAUCCUUGCCCAGUGUGUGAGAAAAGACUUUUAGUCACCUCACUGGUCAUCAGAAGAUCCAUCAGAAGAUCUGUACAGAUGGAACGUCGUAUCAGUGUUCUCUGUGUAGCAAUACUGACAGGUUUAGGCUUAAGUUAAGUGCAUCCAAUUCAUAAAUUGUUUGUUGAAGUGUAACUCGGAGUGAAAACAAACUAGGGUGUAAUCACGGUAGUUAACAACUUCAAACUUUACCUUUUAUUAAAAUCCCUUAAUUGGUGGCGUUUUGAGCAUUACCGUUUAUUUGUAUUAUCACUGAAUAGGCUUACAGUGAUGCUAACCGGUGCCCGUCGCUAUUUUAUACCCCUAACAAUGCUUUAAAUAUAAUAACACUUCUGUUGUGUGGUGAGGGUUUCUCCAGACAAACCAAAGUAUUGUAGACUUUGAAAGUGUACCGAGAGGUUAUAAUAAGACCCGUAUGGAAGAAAAUGCCUUUGGAAGAAAAUGGAAGAAAAUGCCUUCCUGGUCCAUACCUUCCUGAUUCAGUAUGAUACCGUAUCAUCAAAUACGCGGGCGUGUUCAACCUUGCUACGCUGUAAGAUCAAACAGUUACCAGUUACAGGUGUUACAACCUCUCUGUACAGUUUUGUAUGUUUCUUUUAACUGCAGAUCUUUUAUCAGCACAAAUGUAGCACGAAUUAUUGAGAUUACUUUGGGGAAAUUUGGACAAGUAUGGGGGGCUGAGUGACGUCCCUGGCCAGAAAAUGUGAAGUUUAAUUAGGCUAGGCCUACUUAAAACCCUUAACGGCACAAACGAUAUUUUUUACGGCACAAACCGGCACAAAUAGCAGGGUUUUGAAUAUCAUUUUGUAAUGACAUGGGGGGCCAGCUUGACGCAGACCUGUGACUUUUUUUUUUUCCAAGACUUGCCAAUGGAACAUUUAUUUAGUAUAACAAUAAUAAAGUCUGGUUAUUUAAAGGGAAACUGUAGUCUAAGAGCAACCUAGGGUCUUACAAUGUGUGACUUAUGAUGUGUUUUAACCUUAAACCAACUUUCUCUCUGUCACACGCACGCUAUUUGUUU